AUGAGUACUAUUACCAAAGAAACCGCUCCUCAAAAGAAGGCUUUGCAGACCAGCGUCAGAAUUACCGACGACGAUCUCUACCGACACUCUUCACAAUACCGACUUUGGUCUUUUACACCUGAUAGCAUCUCUCAAAUUCGAGAAGAGAUCAAUGUCAGGGCUACAGCCAAAGUACACCAGGAUUUAAAAGUUUUCUUGGAAUCUCACCCAGAGCUGUCGUCAGAGGAACGCGGUGCUAUAGAAUCGAAAGCCAUACCGGUAUCGACACAAGAAGAACUAUUACUCAUAGGCUAUUUUGCUCGCAUGAUUUUAUCGUUUGCAGGAAAAAUGAAUUUACCAACAGAAGUAGCCGCUACAGCAGUUUCGUUUUUCCGUAAGUUUUUCCUCUCCAACUCUGUUAUGGAAUUUGCACCUAAGGAGAUGUUUCACACCGCACUCUUCUUUGCCUGCAAAUCCGAGAACUAUUUCAUCGGCGUCGAAUCCUUUGCGAAAAAGGCGAAGACUACCACUGAUGCCGUUUUGAAACACGAAUUUAAACUCUUAGAAAGCUUGAAUUUUACGUUGAUGAACCAUCAUCCAUAUAAAGCAUUGCACGGAUUUUUUCUGGACAUACAAAGCGUUUUGUCUGGCAAGGUCGACCUAAAUUACAUGGGACAGGUUUACACUAAUUGUAAGAAAGCUAUCUCCGACGCUCUGCUCACUGAUGCAGUAUAUUUUUUCUCACCACCACAAAUCACUCUAGCAAUUUUACUAAUGGAGGACGAAGCUUUAAUGAUGCGGUACAUGCAGCUGAAAUUUAAUCUGGGCUCCGAGAUUGAGACUUCCAAGGAUGACUCACAAAGCGUACCCCAAGCCGAUCAUCAAAAUUCUAUUAAUGCCGAGAAGCUGUUAGAAGUGAUAAAGUCCUGCAAAGCCGUCAUUUCUGAGAAGAUCAUCCCUGCAAAAGAGGAUGCUGUGAGAAUUACCGCAAAGCUUCAUUACUGUCAGAAUCCCAUGUCAGUAAUAGACCGACUGAAAAGGCAAAGAGAAACAAGCAGUGCAGCAGAAACACCUGUACAAACACCUGUGCAAACUCCUGUUCCUGGUGACCUUGACACUAAAAGACAAAAAACUUGA